AUGCACCAAGGUUCAAUUAAUUGUAGUACUGAUACUACGAAUUCUACGAAUUCUUCUGAUCAUUCUUCGAAGGAUUCAACACGGUAUCAUAAUCAUCAUAAAUCAAAAAGUAAAAAGAAACGUAAGAAACAUAAAAAACAUAAAAAAAGGAAGCAUGAAGAGAAGGAUAAAGAUGAAGUUCGAUUAUUUCAAGAAAUUAGAGAAUGGCAACAAAAACUUCGUAUGAAGAAGGAUCCUAUACAAAGUUCGAGCAUUACAAUACAAGAGGAAGAAGAGAUUGAAAAGAAGCCAAAAAGACGUUCUAUGAUACCUCAAACACAAGAAGAAUAUGAAGCAGAACGAUCUGUAAUUAAAGAGGUUAUAGAUCCCGUGGAUGGUCGAGUGAGAUUAAUCCGAGGAUCAGGCGAAAUAGUCGAACGUAUUGUAUCAAGAGAAGAACAUAAAAGAAUAAACAGACAAGCAACUAUGGGAGAUGCAUUAACAUAUCAAAAGAAAUGGAUGAGUGAUGCAAGAUGA